CCGCCCCCGCACUGUGCGCAGCGACCCCCGGGCGCGCGGGAGGGGCCUGCUCCCGCCGCGGCCCCUCGCCUCAGCCCUGCGCGGGGCCGGCCGCCCCCGCCCCACCGCCCUCACCCCCAGGCCGCCAGAGGUUGGGCUGCUCAGCUAGCCUGGAGAGAAGGCUGGAGAAGGAACCAUGUCUUCUGAAUCUUUCUGUCUGGCUGCUCAAGCUAGGUUUGACUCCAAAUGGUUGAAGACAGACUUACAGCUCGCUUUUACACGAGAUGGACUAUGCGGCUUGUGGAAUGAAAUGGUAAAAGAUGGGGAGAUUGUAUAUCCUGGAACAGAGUUAACACAAAGUGGUGAACUACCUCCAAGAAAAGAUGAUAGCACUGAAUGCCAAACUGCAUCAAAGAAAGAAGAGCAAAAUGACAAAGAAAAGAAAGAUGAAGAAGAGACUCCGCUGCCCACUUACAGGGCCAAAUCGAUUGUUGAGAGUUGGGUGUGGGGCAAACAACCAGAUGUGAAUGAAUUGAAGGAGUGCCUUCACGUACUAGUGAAGGAACAGCAAAGUCUGGCCAUACAAACUGCUACAACAGCUCUUUCAGCUAUGAGGCUAAAGCAGAGGCUAGUUAUCCUGGAACGAUAUUUCAUUGCACUGAACAGAACAGUUCUUCAGGAGAAUGUUAAAGUUAAGUGGAAAAGCAGUAGUAUUCCUCUGCCUGUUGUGGAUAAAAAAAGUCCAAGACCUGUUGGCAAAGGUGUAGAAGGACUUGCACGAGUCGGAUCCCGAGCAGCACUUUCAUUUGCAUUUGCGUUCCUUCGUAGAGCCUGGAGGUCAGGUGAAGAUGCAGACCUGUGCAGUGAAUUGUUACAGGAAUCACUUGAUGCACUACGAGCACUACCAGAGGCGUCCCUUUUUGAUGAAGGGACUGUAUCUUCUGUGUGGCUGGAAGUGGUGGAAAGAGCGACUAAAUUCCUAAGGUCUGUUGUGACUGGAGAUGUACAUGGAGCUCCCAGUACCAAAGGGCCGGGAAACAUUCCGUUACAAGACCAGCACUUGGCACUUGCCAUAUUGCUAGAACUGGCAGUGCAGAGGGGUACCCUAAGCCAAAUGUUGUCUGCAGUUAUGUUGUUGCUUCAACUUUGGGAUAAUGGAACGAGGGAAACAGAUAAUGAGCGAUCUGCACAGGGAACAAGUGCACCCCUUCUACCUUUGCUGCAAAGAUUUCAGAGUAUAAUAUGUAAUAAAGAUGUGCCCAAUGCUGAGGAAGAUAUUCAGCUCCUGACUUACCCUCUGAGUCCAAAUGAAAGUUUUCUAAGGUAUCUGACUUUACCACAGGACAAUGAGCUAGCGAUUGACCUGAGACAAACAGCUGUAGUGAUCAUGGCCCAUUUAGAUCGUCUAGCCACCCCAUGUAUGCCUCCACAGUGUAGCUCUCCUACAUCUCAUAAGGGAUCUCUGCAAGAGGUCAUUGCUUGGGGUUUAAUAGGUUGGAAAUAUUAUGCUAAUGUGAGUGGUCCAAUUCAAUGUGAAGGACUUGCCAGUCUUGGCGUUGUGCAGGUUGCCUGUGCAGAGAAACGUUUUCUAAUAUUAUCUAGGAACGGACGAGUUUAUACACAAGCUUACAACAGCGAUACUCUGGGACCACAGCUGGUACAGAGUCUAGCUUCCAGAAAUAUUGUGAAGAUAGCAGCACAUUCAGAUGGGCAUCACUACCUUGCUUUGUCAGCAAAUGGUGAAGUUUUCUCUUGGGGUUGUGGAGAUGGUGGAAGACUAGGUCAUGGGGAUACAGUACCUCUGGAGGAACCGAAGAUGAUAUCUGCUUUAUCUGGAAAGCAAGCUGGGAAACAUGUUGUUCAUAUUGAAUGUGGGAGCACCUAUAGUGCAGCCAUUACUGCUGAAGGAGAGCUAUAUACAUGGGGACGAGGAAACUAUGGCAGGCUUGGUCAUGGUUCCAGUGAAGACCAGACCAUCCCAGUGCUGGUCACGGGGCUGAAAGGACUCAAAGUUAUUGAUGUGUCCUGUGGGAGUGGAGAUGCUCAGACUCUUGCAGUUACUGAAAAUGGCCAAGUGUGGUCUUGGGGUGAUGGAGACUAUGGAAAACUGGGAAGAGGAGGCAGUGAUGGUUGCAAGACUCCCAAGUUGAUAGAAAAACUUCAAGAUCUGGACAUUGUGAAAGUACGAUGUGGGAGUCAGUUUUCUAUUGCUUUAACCAAAGACGGCCAGGUCUACACCUGGGGAAAAGGAGACAAUCAGAGACUUGGGCAUGGAACGGAAGAGCAUGUUCGAUAUCCCAAACUGCUGGAAGGCUUGAAAGGGAAAAAAGUGAUAGAUGUAGCAGCUGGAUCUACCCAUUGUUUAGCACUGACUGAAGAUAGUGAAGUGCAUAGUUGGGGAAGCAAUGAUCAGUGUCAACAUUUUGAUACUUUGCGGAUCACCAAACCAGAGCCCGCAGCUCUCCCAGGAUUAGACACAAAGCAUAUUGUUGGAAUUGCUUGUGGGCCUGCUCAGAGUUUUGCUUGGUCAUCGUGUUCAGAAUGGUCAAUAGGCUUGCGGGUGCCCUUUGUGGUGGAUGUUUGCCCCAUGACAUUUGAGCAGCUAGAUCUUUUACUAAGACAAGUGACAGAGGGAAUGGAUGGCUCCUCUGACUGGCCCCCUCCUCAGGAAAAGGAGUGUAUGGCUGUGGCAACAUUAAACCUUCUAAGGCUUCAGCUUCACGCUGCCAUAAGUCAUCAGGUGGAUCCGGAGUGCCUUGGCUUAGGUUUGGGCAGUAUACUGCUCAAUAGCCUGAAGCAGACAGUGGUAACAUUAGCAAGCAAUGCUGGUGUUCUUAAUACUGUGCAAUCAGCUGCUCAAGCAGUGCUGCAGAGCGGGUGGUCUGUGUUACUGCCGACAGCAGAAGAGCGGGCUAGGGCUCUUUCAGCACUUUUACCCAGUGCAGUUUCAGGAAAUGAAAUGAAUGUAAGCCCAGGCCGUAGAUUUAUGAUCGACCUCCUGGUGGGAAGCUUGAUGGCUGAUGGAGGCUUAGAGUCUGCACUAAGUGCUGCUAUUACUGCAGAAAUCCAGGAUAUUGAAGCAAAAAAAGAAGCACAGAAAGAAAAAGAAAUUGAUGAACAAGAAGCAAAUGCAUCAACGCUUCAUAGGAGCAGGACUCCAUUGGACAAAGACCUUAUUAACACUGGAAUCUAUGAAUCUGCAGGAAAACAAAGUUUACCAUUAGUUCAGUUAAUUCAGCAGUUACUAAGGAACAUCGCUUCACAGACGAUAGCCAAACUUAAAGAUGUUGCUCGUCGCAUUUCUUCCUGCAUGGACCAUGAACAUUACAGCAAAGAGAGAUCUGCUUCUCUGGACCUGUUGCUCCGUUUUCAGCGUCUGCUUGUUAGUAAACUUUACCCAGGAGAUUGUGUUGGGCAGGUCCCUAAUACAUACAGUCCUGACCUCUUAGGUGUCGGCUCUUUACUGAAGAAGUACACUGCUCUUCUGUGCACACACAUUGGUGAUAUACUGCCUGUGGCAACCAGCAUCGCUUCUGCUAGUCACAGGCACUUUGCAGAAGUAUCUCAUGUCGUGGAUGGAGAUUUAACAGGCAUUCUUCUUCCAGAAUUGGUUGUUUCUAUAGUGCUACUCCUCAGUAAAAAUGCUGGACUAAUGCAGGAAGCUGGUGCUAUCCCUCUGUUGGCUGGCUUGCUAGAACAUCUAGACAGAUUUGACCAUUUAGCCCCUGGAAAGGAAAGGGAUGACAAUGAGGAUUUAGCAUGGCCAGGAAUAAUGGGUUCAUUUUUUACUGGCCAGAGUAGCAGAAAUAAUGAGGAGGUGACACUUAUACGUAAAGCUGAUCUAGAGAACCACAACAAAGAUGGAGGAUUCUGGACAGUGAUUGAUGGGAAAGUGUAUGAUAUAAAGGACUUCCAAACUCAGUCUUUAACUGGCAGUAGCAUACUUGCUCAGUUUGCAGGUGAGGACCCAGUUGUUGCUUUGGAAGCUGCUUUGCAAUUUGAGGACACGCGGGAGUCAAUGCAUGCCUUCUGUGUUGGCCAGUAUAUGGAGCCUGACCAGGAAGUGAUUACAACACCAGAUCUCAGUACUUUGUCGUCACCUCUAAUAGACACAGAAAGGAAUUUGGGUCUUCUCCUUGGACUGCACGCUUCCUACCUGGCAAUGAGCACACCACUUUCUCCUCUGGAAAUUGAAUGUGCCAAAUGGUUGAAGUCAUCUAUCUUUUCUGGCGGCUUGCAAACUAGUCAGAUUCAUUACAGUUACAAUGAGGAAAAAGAUGAAGACCACUGCAGUUCACCUGGUAACACUACCCCAAAUAAAUCAAAACUAUAUACACAUCGAUUAACUUUGAGUGACCAUUCACAACCUUUUCUACAAGCUAUUGCAGAUAAUAAUAUUCAGGAUCACACUGUGAAGGACUUCCUGUGUCAAAUAGAGAGAUACUGUAAACAGUGUCACUUAACAACACCAAUCACAUUCCCUCCUGAACAUCCUGUGGAAGAAGUAGGACGUUUGUUGUUAUGCUGUCUUCUGAAGCAUGAAGAUUUGGGUCACGUAGCACUGUCUCUUGUUCAUCCUGGUACCCUUGGAGUUGACCAGGUAAAGCACAAAACCUUACCAAAAUCUGUAGUGGAUGUGUGUCGUGUUGUCUACCAAGCAAAAUGCUCACUGAUUAAGACUCAUCAAGAACAAGGACGUUCUUACAAGGAAGUUUGUGCUCCUGUCAUUGAACGUUUGAGAUUCUUAUUCAAUGAAUUACGUCCUGCAGUUUGCAAUGAUCUCUCUAUAAUGUCUAAAUUUAAACUUCUGAGUUCCUUGCCCCGAUGGCGGAGGGUAGCCCAGAAAAUAAUCAGAGAAAAAAGGAAAAAAAGAGCACCAAAAAAAUCCGAGUCUGCUGAUGUGGAAGAAUCUAAAAUUGGAAACGAAGAGAGUGAUUUAGAAGAAUCCUGUGUGGUACCUCACAGCCCUGUACCUAUAGAUAAAAAGCCCAUACCAAUCAAAUCACCCAAGGAUAAGUGGCAGCCGCUUUUGAGUACAGUUACAGGUGUCCACAAAUACAAGUGGCUUAAGCAAAAUGUCCAAGGCUUGUAUCCACAGUCUGCCCUCCUUAACACCAUUGUUGAAUUUGCACUUAAAGAAGAGCCGGUGGAUGUAGAAAAAAUGAGAAAAUGUUUGCUGAAACAGUUGGAAAGAGCAGAAGUUCGUCUGGAGGGAAUAGAUACUAUUCUGAAAUUGGCAGCAAAAAAUUUUUUGCUCCCGUCUGUGCAGUAUGCUAUGUUCUGUGGAUGGCAGAGGCUUAUUCCAGAAGGAGCAAAUAUAGGGGAACCUCUUACCGACUGUUUGAAGGACGUUGAUCUGAUCCCACCAUUUAACAGAAUGCUGCUAGAAGUAACUUUUGGAAAGUUGUAUGCAUGGGCUAUUCAGAAUGUCCGGAACAUCUUGCUAGAUGCUACUGCAAAAUUUAAAGAACUAGGUGUACAGCCUGUUCCUCUACAAACAAUUACUAAUGAGAAUCCAGCAGGACCAAGUCUAGGGACUAUUCCACAAGCACGUUUUCUGUUGGUCAUGCUCAACAUGUUGACGCUGCAACAUGGUGCUAAUACCUUGAGCCUCCUCCUUAAUUCUGGCAUGCUGGCAUUGACGCAAACAACGCUGCGGCUGAUAGGACCUAGUUCUGACAACAUUGAAGAAGAUAUGAUUGCCUCUUCUCGUGGAGCUUCUGCCACAGUUCUAGAAGAGUCAAGAAAGGAAGCUACACCUGUUCAGCUCCCUGUUUCUGGACCAGAGCUGGCAGCCAUGAUGAAAAUUGGUACCAGAGUAGUGAGAGGGGUAGACUGGAAAUGGGGUGAUCAGGAUGGACCCCCUCCAGGUUUGGGUCGUGUGAUUGGAGAAUUGGGAGAAGAUGGCUGGAUUAGAGUGCAGUGGGACACCGGAAGUACAAAUUCUUACAGAAUGGGGAAGGAGGGAAAAUACGAUCUCAAACUAGCUGAGCCACUGCCGGCAACGCAGCCUGCAACAGAGGAUUCAGACACUGAGGAUGAUUCUGAAGGAGAACAAGUUGAAAGGAAUCUCCACCCUACUUCCAUGAUGCUGACAAGUACUGUGAACCUGUUGCAGACACUGUGCCUCUCUGCUGGCGUCCACGCUGAAGUCAUGCAAAGUGAUGCUACUAGGACUUUGUGUGGUCUACUCCGUAUGCUUGUGGAGAGUGGAACAAUAGAUAAAUCAGCUUCCUUGCCAAAUAAAUUAGUUUAUAAAGAACAGCAUAGGAGUUGGUGCACGUUGGGAUUCAUUCGAAGUAUAGCACUCAUGCCUCAGAUGUGCAGCACUCUUAGUACAUCUCAGUGGAUAACUUUGCUAAUGAAAAUUGUUGAGGGGCAUGAAUCUUUCACUGCUGCUUCACUACAGAGACAGAUCCUUGCUGUACAUUUGUUGAAAGCAGUACUUCCAUCUUGGGAUAAAAAUGAAAGGUCAAGAGACAUGAAAUUUCUUGUGGAAAAACUAUUUGGAUUUUUAGGCAGCCUGCUUAGUACUUGUUCUUCAGAUAUCCCACUACUCAGAGAAUCUACUCUGAGAAGGAGAAAGGCCAGGCCCCAAGCAUCUCUAACUGCCACUCACAGUAGUACUUUAGCAGAAGAGAUAGUGGCACUGCUGAGGACGCUCCAUUCGCUCAGCCAGUGGAAUGGACUCAUAAACAAGUACAUCAACUCUCAGCUAACCUCCAUCACCCACAUCUUUGCAGGAAAACAGUCAGAAGGGGCUCUGUUGGAUGACUACUUUCCUGAUGCUGAGAAUCCAGAGGUGGGAGGCCUAAUGGCAGUGUUAGCGGUGAUUGGUGGCAUAGACAGUCGUUUGAGACUGGGUGGACAAGUCAUUCAUGACGAAUUUGGAGAAGGCACAGUGACACGCAUCACCCCAAAAGGGAAAAUCACUGUACAGUUCUAUGACAUGCGAACAUGUAGAGUGUGCCCUUUGAAUCAACUAAAACCACUUCCAGUUGUGGCUUUUAAUGUGAACAACUUGCCUUUCACUGAGCCGAUGUUAUCCAUUUGGGCUCAACUAGUAAAUCUGGCUGGAAGUAAAAUAGAAAAACAAAGAACGAAGUCACCCAAUCAGGGUCUUUCAGGUACAGGUCAAGUGGAUUUGGACCUACUGCGAUGCCAGCAAUUGAAGCUCUACAUACUGAAAGCAGGCCGAGCUCUCCUUUCUCACCAGGAUACACUAAGGCAGAUCUUAUCUCAGCCAGCUGUUCAGGAGUGUGCGUUAAAUCCGGCAGAGGAUGGAGCUGUUGCCUCCCCCGACAUAGGAGAUAUGUCCCCCGAAGGACCUCAGCCUCCCAUGAUUCUUUUACAGCAACUCUUGACAGCUGCUACGCAACCGUCACCUGUGAAAGCAAUAUUUGACAAACAAGAGCUUGAGGCUGCUGCUUUGGCAGUAUGCCAGUAUCUGGCUGUAGAGUCUACACAUCCUUCAACUCCGGUGUUUGAAGACUGCAGUUCUAGUGAAGCUACAACACCCAUCACAGUGCAACAUAUCCGACCCACAAAAGUGAAGAAACGCAAGCAAUCUCCAAUUCCACCCCUCCCCAUUGUAGUUCAAGUUAUGGAAAUGGGUUUCCCUAGGAAAAACAUAGAAUUUGCACUAAAGUCUCUGUCUGGAACCUCUGGAAGUGCUUCUGGAUUACCAGGAGUGGAAGCCUUGGUUGACUGGUUGUUGCAUCACCCUGAUGUUCAAAUUACGGAUCUCUCUGAUGCUGAUACUAUCUCUGAUGAAUAUUCAGAUGAGGAAAUAGCAGAGGAGGUAGAAGAAGCUGAAGCUGCUUGCCCUGUGUCGAGUGGUGCUGUUGUAACAGAGACCCAGACUUACAAGAAACGAGCUGAUUUCUUAAGUAAUGAUGACUAUGCUGUGUAUGUGAGGGAGAUUAUUCAGGUGGGCAUGAUGGUUAGGUGCUGCAGAACCUAUGAGGAGGUUUGUGAGGGAGAUGUAGGCAAAGUUAUUAAAUUGGAUCGAGAUGGAUUGCAUGACCUGAACGUUCAGUGUGAUUGGCAACAAAAGGGUGGUACUUACUGGGUCAGAUAUAUCCAUGUUGAGCUUUUAGGAUUCCCACCGCAGAGUUCUGCCUCUCAUAUCAAGAUAGGUGACAAAGUGCGUGUGAAAAGCUCUGUUACCACACCCAAAUACAAAUGGGGCUCAGUUACUCACCGAAGCGUGGGAGUUGUCAAAGCUUUUAGUGCCAAUGGAAAAGAUGUCAUUGUAGACUUUCCUCAGCAAUCUCACUGGACUGGCUUAUUGUCAGAAAUGGAACUGGUCCCCAGCAUUCAUCCUGGAGUCACGUGUGAUGGUUGCCAGAUGUUUCCUAUUAAUGGGCCUAGAUUCAAAUGCAGAAACUGUGAUGACUUUGACUUUUGUGAAACCUGUUUUAAAACCAGGAAGCAUAACACCCGACAUACUUUUGGCAGAAUAAAUGAACCAGGUCAGUCUCCGGUGUUCUGUGGGCGUUCUGGAAAGCAGCUGAAGAGACGGCAUAGUAGUCAGCGGGGAAUGUUACUGGAUGACUGGUCAAGAAUAGUUAAGAAUUUGAAUGUCUCAUCCUCUGUGAAUCAGGCUUCACGUCUUAUUGAUGGUAGUGAGCAGUGCUGGCAGUCUUCUGGAUCACAAGGAAAGCACUGGAUUCGCUUGGAGAUUUUUCCAGAUGUUCUUGUUCACAGACUGAAGAUGAUAGUGGACCCUGCAGACAGCAGUUACAUGCCUUCUUUAGUUGUAGUUUCAGGGGGAAAUUCCUUAAAUAACCUUAUAGAGCUAAAGACAAUCAAUAUAAAUCCUACAGACACCACAGUGCCUCUUCUAAGUGAUUGUACAGAAUACCACAGGUAUAUUGAGAUUGCAAUCAAGCAGUGCAGAAGCUCUGGAAUUGAUUGCAAAAUACAUGGCCUCAGCAUACUGGGACGUAUACGUGCAGAGGAUGAAGAUUUGGCUGCAGUCCCUUUCCUUGCUUCUGAUAAUGAGGAAGAGGAUGACGAUAAAGCUAACACUGGGAGUCUUGUUAGAAAGAAGGCAGCUGGGCUUGAAUCUGCAGCUACAAUAAGAACCAAAGUUUUUGUCUGGGGACUGAAUGACAAAGACCAGCUAGGAGGGCUAAAAGGUUCCAAGAUAAAGGUCCCUUCCUUUUCUGAAACCCUCUCUGCCUUGAAUGUUGUACAAGUAGCUGGAGGAUCCAAAAGCCUUUUUGCAGUGACCGUAGAAGGUAAAGUGUAUGCCUGUGGAGAAGCCACAAAUGGAAGGCUGGGUUUAGGAAUAUCUAGUGGAACUGUGCCUAUUCCCCGCCAGAUUACAGCUCUCAGUAACUAUGUCGUAAAGAAGGUGGCUGUUCACUCAGGUGGCCGGCAUGCUAUGGCAUUAACUGUUGAUGGAAAGAUAUUUUCAUGGGGUGAAGGAGAUGAUGGAAAACUUGGUCACUUCAGUCGAAUGAAUUGUGAUAAACCCAGAUUGAUAGAAGCAUUGAAAACCAAACGCAUCCGUGAUAUUGCUUGUGGCAGUUCCCACAGUGCUGCCAUUACCUCUAGUGGUGAACUGUAUACAUGGGGUCUUGGAGAAUAUGGAAGGCUGGGACAUGGAGAUAAUACCACACAGCUGAAGCCUAAGAUGGUUAAAGUGCUCCUGGGCCAUAGAGUCAUUCAGGUUGCUUGUGGAAGCAGAGAUGCUCAGACACUUGCUUUGACAGAUGAAGGUUUGGUGUUUUCUUGGGGUGAUGGUGAUUUUGGAAAACUGGGCCGAGGAGGAAGUGAAGGAUGCAACAUUCCUCAGAACAUUGAAAGACUGAACAGCCAAGGCGUUUGUCAAAUUGAGUGUGGUGCACAGUUCUCAUUGGCACUGACCAAGUCAGGAGUGGUAUGGACAUGGGGUAAGGGCGACUACUUCAGGCUAGGCCAUGGCACAGAUGUACAUGUACGAAAGCCACAAGUUGUGGAAGGACUGAGGGGUAAAAAGAUUGUGCACGUGGCUGUAGGCGCACUCCAUUGUCUAGCUGUUACUGACACUGGGCAGGUUUAUGCUUGGGGUGACAAUGACCAUGGGCAACAAGGCAAUGGAACUACUACAGUCAAUAGAAAGCCCACACUUGUCCAAGGCUUGGAAGGCCAGAAAAUCACCCGGGUUGCUUGUGGGUCUUCUCACAGUGUAGCAUGGACAACAGUGGAUGUAGCUACGCCAUCUGUUCAUGAACCAGUACUUUUCCAGACAGCGAGGGACCCUUUAGGUGCUUCUUAUCUUGGUGUUCCUUCAGAUGCAGAUUCUUCUGCUGCCAGUAACAAAAUCAUCGGGGCAAACAGUUCCAAGCCGAAUCGCCCUUCCCUUGCUAAGAUUCUCCUAUCACUUGAUGGGAAUGUUGCCAAACAGCAGGCGUUAUCUCAUAUACUGGUGGCAUUACAAAUCAUGUAUGCCAGGGAUGCAGUUGUUGGAGCACUGAUGCCUGCAAGUAUGAUUGCACCCGUAGAAUGUCCCUCUUCGUCGCCAGCCCCCCCAUCAGAUGCUACUUCCACAGGAAGCCCUGCAAAUGGAGAUGAAUGUGUGCUUGUUGGAGAUAUAGAAGAGAGGUUGAGCCCAAACCCAUGGCAGGACAGGAGAGGAGAGGUUGUUUCUUCAGAAGAUGCUGUGACACCGUCUGCUGUAACUCCAUCAGCUGCUGCUGCCUCUUCCCGUCCUUUCAUUCCAGUCACAGAUGAUCCUGGGGCUGCCAGUAUCAUUGCAGAAACCAUGACAAAAACUAAAGAAGAUGUAGAAAGUCAAAGUAAAGUAUCUGGCCCAGAACCACAGUACUUGGAUGAGUUUACUAGUCUCUUAGUACCAGAUGACACGCGAGUCAUGGUUGACCUGCUAAAGCUUGCUGUGUCCAACCGAGCAGGUGAAAAGGGAAGAGAUGUUCUUUCAGCUGUGCUGUCUGGUAUGGGCACAGCUUACCCACAGGUUGCUGAUAUGUUGUUGGAGCUGUGUGUUACUGAACUAGAAGAUGUAGCAACAGAUUCACAAAGCGGUCGCCUCUCUUCACAGCCAGUUGUGGUAGAAAGCAGCCAUCCCUAUACUGAUGAUACAUCUUCUAGUGGCACAGUUAAAAUACCAGGUGCUGAGGGACUGAGGGUAGAAUUUGAUCGCCAGUGUUCUACAGAGCGGCGUCAUGAUCCACUCACCAUAAUGGAUGGUGUCAACAGAAUUGUUUCCGUCCGAUCAGGUCGUGAGUGGUCAGAUUGGUCUAGUGAAUUGCGAAUUCCAGGGGAUGAACUAAAGUGGAAGUUCAUCAGUGAUAGCUCUGUGAAUGGGUGGGGAUGGCGAUUCACUGUUUACCCUAUCAUGCCAGCUGCAGGCCCUAAAGACCUUCUCUCAGAUCGUUGCAUUCUUUCAUGCCCCUCAAUGGAUUUGGUUACGUGUUUGUUGGAUUUUCGCUUAAAUUUUGCUUCCAACAGGAGUAUAGUUCCUCGCUUGGCAGCUUCUCUUGCAGCUUGUGCUCAACUGAGUGCCUUAGCUGCUGGCCAUAGAAUGUGGGCCUUGCAGAGACUACGGAAACUGCUCACAACAGAGUUUGGCCAGUCUAUUAACAUCAACAGGAUUCUAGGGGAUAAUGAUGGAGAAACACGAGCUUUGAGUUUCACAGGGAGUGCUUUAGCUGCUUUGGUUAAAGGUCUUCCAGAAGCUUUGCAGCGACAGUUUGACUAUGAAGACCCCAUUGUGAGAGGUGGCAAACAAUUGCUCCACAGCCCUUUCUUUAAGGUGCUUGUGGCUCUUGCUUGUGAUCUGGAGUUGGACACUCUCCCUUGCUGUGCGGAGACACACAAAUGGGCCUGGUUCAGGAGAUACUGUAUGGCAUCCAGGGUGGCUGUGGCUCUUGAUAAAAGGACACCAUUACCUCGCCUUUUCCUUGAUGAGGUGGCAAAGAAAAUCCGAGAAUUAAUGGCAGAUAAUGAAAAUAUGGAUGUUCUUCAUGAGUGCCAUGAUGUCUUUAAGAGAGAACAGGAUGAGCAACUUGUCCAGUGGAUGAAUAGACGACCUGAUGAUUGGACACUUUCAGCUGGAGGCAGCGGAACUAUUUAUGGUUGGGGUCAUAAUCACAGAGGGCAACUUGGUGGGAUUGAAGGGGCAAAAGUCAAAGUCCCAACUCCCUGUGAAGCUCUUGCUACCCUUAGACCAGUGCAGUUAAUUGGUGGUGAACAAACUCUGUUUGCAGUGACUGCUGAUGGGAAACUGUAUGCCACUGGAUAUGGAGCAGGUGGUAGGCUUGGAACUGGAGGAACAGAGUCAGUUUCUACUCCAACUUUACUGGAAUCCAUUCAACAUGUGUUUAUAAAGAAAGUUGCAGUGAACUCAGGAGGAAAGCACUGUUUGGCAUUGUCUUCUGAGGGAGAAGUUUAUUCUUGGGGUGAAGCAGAAGAUGGUAAACUUGGUCAUGGAAACCGAAGUCCUUGUGAUCGUCCUCGUGUAAUUGAAUCUCUGAGAGGUAUAGAAGUGGUUGACAUUGCUGCUGGGGGAGCGCACAGCGCGUGUAUUACAGCUGCAGGAGACCUUUUUACAUGGGGAAAGGGGAGAUAUGGACGGCUUGGGCAUGGAGAUAGUGAGGAUCAACUAAAACCUAAAUUGGUGGAAGCUCUCCAGGGCUACCGUGUGAUUGACAUAGCCUGUGGCAGUGGAGAUGCACAGACGUUGUGCCUGACUGAUGAUGAUACAGUCUGGUCCUGGGGUGAUGGAGAUUAUGGAAAACUUGGGAGAGGAGGCAGUGAUGGCUGUAAAGUACCGAUGAAGAUUGAUUCCCUCACAGGUCUUGGAGUGGUUAAAGUAGAAUGUGGAUCACAGUUUUCUGUGGCUCUUACCAAAUCUGGAGCAGUAUAUACGUGGGGCAAAGGAGAUUAUCAUCGGUUAGGCCAUGGAUCUGAUGACCAUGUUAGAAGACCACGGCAAGUGCAGGGACUGCAAGGAAAGAAAGUCAUUGCCAUUGCUACUGGGUCUUUGCAUUGUGUUUGCUGCACUGAAGAUGGGGAGGUGUAUACAUGGGGAGAUAAUGAUGAAGGGCAGCUUGGAGAUGGAACAACUAAUGCCAUCCAAAGACCACGCUUGGUUGCAGCACUUCAGGGUAAAAAGAUCAACAGAGUAGCCUGUGGCUCAGCACAUACUUUAGCUUGGUCAACCAGUAAACCUGCUAAUGCUGGCAAGCUCCCUACACAGGUUCCUAUGGAGUACAAUCAUUUGCAGGAAAUUCCCAUCAUUUCACUGAGAAACAGGCUUCUGCUAUUGCAUCACAUUUCUGAACUCUUCUGUCCUUGCAUUCCAAUGUUUGAUCUUGAAGGAAGACUUGAUGAAACUGGCCAAGGACCCUCAGUUGGGUUUGACACAUUACGGGGAAUACUGAUAUCACAGGGAAAGGAGGCAGCUUUCAGAAAAGUUGUGCAAGCAACUAUGGUGAGAGAUCGUCAGCAUGGCCCAGUUGUAGAGCUCAACAGAAUACAGGUAAAACGUUCUAGGAGUAAAGGAGGGCUGGCUGGGCCUGAUGGUACAAAGUCAGUGUUUGGACAGAUGUGUGCUAAAAUGAGUUCCUUCAGCCCUGAUAGCCUUCUGCUUCCCCAUCGUGUUUGGAAAGUCAAGUUUGUUGGUGAAUCUGUGGAUGAUUGCGGUGGAGGUUAUAGUGAAUCAAUUGCAGAAAUGUGCGAGGAGCUUCAGAAUGGGCUGACCCCUCUGUUAAUUGUGACACCAAAUGGAAGAGAUGAAUCUGGAGCAAACAGAGAUUGUUUCUUAUUAAAUCCUCCUGCCAAGUCCCUCUUGCAUAUGAACAUGUUUCGUUUUCUUGGUGUCCUUUUGGGCAUUGCUAUCCGGACUGGCAGCCCUCUCAGCCUCAACCUGGCUGAGCCAGUGUGGAAGCAGCUUGCAGGAAUGAACCUAACAAUUGCUGAUCUCAGUGAGGUUGAUAAAGAUUUUAUUCCUGGGCUUAUGUACAUUCGAGACAACGAAGCUACUUCAGAGGAGUUUGAAGCUAUGAGCCUCCCAUUCACUGUGCCUAAUGCAAGUGGUCAAGAUAUUCAGUUGAGUUCCAAGUACACCCAUAUUACGCUGGAUAAUAGAGCUGAAUAUGUGAGGCUGGCAAUAAACUACAGGCUUCAUGAAUUUGACGAACAAGUUGCAGCAGUUCGUGAGGGGAUGGCCCGUGUUGUUCCAGUUCCUCUACUUUCACUAUUUACAGGAUAUGAACUGGAAACUAUGGUAUGUGGAAGCCCAGAUAUUCCACUUCACCUUCUGAAAUCUGUAGCAACUUAUAAAGGCAUUGAACCAACUGCUUCCUUGAUACAGUGGUUCUGGGAAGUGAUGGAAUCCUUCUCCAAUACAGAGCGAUCUCUCUUCCUGCGUUUUGUGUGGGGCAGAACAAGGCUGCCCAGGACUAUUGCAGACUUUAGAGGGAGAGACUUUGUUAUUCAGGUGUUGGAUAAAUAUAAUCCUCCAGACCACUUUCUUCCUGAGUCAUACACUUGCUUCUUUCUCCUGAAGCUGCCCAGGUAUUCCUGUAAGCAAGUACUGGAGGAAAAGCUGAAGUAUGCCAUUCACUUCUGCAAGUCCAUAGACACUGAUGAUUAUGCCCGGAUAGCGCUGACAGGAGAGCCAGCGGCUGAUGACAGUAGUGAUGACUCUGAUAAUGAAGAUGCAGAUUCUUUUGCUUCAGAUUCUACACAGGACUACUUAACAGGACAUUAAAAAAACCUAAUAUAAGGGAUAGUUGUCACAAGCACUGAGGCAAAACGCCAAAAUGACAAUGAAGCCAAGGACAGUUUAGGUCUCAGAAUAUAGAGUAUGUAGUCAGAGGGACAGUGAUCUUCUGCACAUGGGGGAAGUGUGUUUGCAGCUCACAGUAGGAAUUGAGGGUUACAGCUUAAACCAUCAGCUUAGAAUAAAUGACACAGUAUAUGGGCAUUUAACAUUUAAAGAGCUGAAAGUGGCCCCCCAUAAUGCUGCACUACAUUUAGAACCUUUGUGUUUACUGAAGUGUUGUAAAUGUUUAUAUAAAUAUGGUAGUGCAGCAUCCAAAAGGCAGUGAAACCUUUAAAUUGUGGGUGCAAUAGGUUUUUCCAUAUUAAGUGUUGUGUUCUGUGCAUCUUCUUGAUUGUAUAUUGGAAAUACUGUGCAACAACUGAAUAGUAUUAUAAAUAUUUCAAUUAACUUUACUAGAAGUUUGUUAAAAAUUUUUGAACAUUGGAUUAACAUUAUUCCUUGAAAUUCUUCUAUAGAUAAUAAAAAUGGCCAUUAGUUUCACCUCCGCCCCUGGUUUGUAUAUUUUAGCUUAUGCAUUAUUUAACUCAAAUUUGAUACCUUUCUGUGAACAGCAUCAUAAUUCUUAUCAUGGAAAGCGUGCUGUAUAUAACUUGUGCCAUGUAAAUGCAAAGGUUAUAAUUUCCCUCUAAAUAAAAGUUCUGCCACAGGAAAAAAA